GAGACCUCGCCAACUGUCAUGGCGUCUCCCGUGAAGGGGGCUUGGUAGUGGAGAAAGUAGCCGCUGUCAUUUACCUGUUUUCCCCGGUGUGCAGAGCAGUUAAUCCGGAUUGAAGCGGUUUGAAGGAGCGGGUAGUGACCAUGGGGACUGUCCAUGCUAAGGUAAAGUGUUUUUCUCGCGGACAGGUGGUCUUUCCGUGGAUUAGUGGGCAUGACCUCCCUGAGAGCUGCAGACUCUCCUGGACUCGAUGUUCCGAGACUCACUGACUGAUAAAGACGAACAAUGAGGAGAGAAGAACAAGGAGAAUCUGAUUAAAACUGGAAAUCUUUGAGAAUGAUGUAACUCUCCUUCAGAUUUCUACACAAAGACAAUGCUGCGAAUAAAGGCCGGGUGGAGUUUUCACACAAACUGCUUUUUAGGAUUCAGUUUUUAUCGAUUAAAUUCGUUUAACAUUAAGUUAUUAAACUAUCCAGAAGCUGUGAAAAAUGUAAUAAUAAAACACUAAUUUUCAUGAGCUUAAAACAACCAAAAAGUCGCAUUUGGUUGAAUUAAACUUCGUAUUAAAGUCAUUUUCACAAACCUUACAAACUUCAUGGUCUUCUCUCGUCUGAAGUUUCUCACCGUGUGUAAGGUGAAGAGACAUUCACUGGUCGUAGGAGAUCAGACACUGCUGUUAGAGGCCCACUCGUUCACCGUGCCGCCCUUUCUCUCCUGCCCUUUAAAUGCGCCUUACAUAGGGGAGAGUGGGCUAAGAUGAGACAUUUUUUUUAUACUUUGGAUCUCUACAUCAAGUCAGUCCUAGUUUAGUCUCUGACUAGUGGUCAAGUUGACAACAUAAACUGCAUGGACAACUUGGUUCCACCUUUCGCCAGUUUUGAAGCCAAAAAAUGCUCAGGAAUUCCGCGUUUUCUCUCCAUUUCCUGAAACCAACAUUGCGCAGAAGCGUUUUACGCACUCCACCACUUGCGCAGUAGCAUUGUGCGCAUUCGGCGGGAGAGUUGCCGAGGGUCGCUGUGAUGACCAUAGACAUAAUAUACUUAGAUGCUUCUAAAGGUCCUUACACACCAGGGCUGACGCGAAUAAAGAUCGUGAAAUUCCGAAAUAUUCAGUGGCGUAUUUUUUUUUUUAUUCAGCGAUUUUGACGCGCCUGACUAUACACAUCAAGCCCGAUGCGAUUUUGCGACUUUCCGGGGGGGAAGAGACGCAUCCCGGGGAAGACUUUUUGUCCCGCCUCCAUCACCUCUGAUUGGCUAGAAGAGCUUGGAACGUCAUCACACGCUCAAGCCAAACUGUCAGCCAAUCAGAGGCGAUAAGAUAAACACAUGAAACUAUGCUAACAACCGUUAGCUUGUGUUAGCACAGAUGAAAGUUAAAAAAAAGCCGUUUAUCAAACUGUUAAAGCUCACAAACCAUCGUCAUAUGAGAAAUCCGAUGCUAUGUUAUCCUUCAGGUCGUUAUCUUUGUAAUGUUUGUGUAAACGAUCAUAAACAAUCAGCCGGUCCGCCAUGUUGGAUAUACCGGUGAAUCAGACGUCGCAACAACACACAAUCUGAUUGGUCAGAAGUGGACACAGUGUCGAAACUUAAGAAAAAUCGACCAUGAUCCGAAAAAAUAAAUGCCGAAUUAUCGCAGGGCGGGAAAACGCCGCUGAUGUGAACGCUUGUAUUGACAGGUUUGAAAAAAAAUAUUGACGUCCGAAAUAAUUAAAAUACACGAGUCAGUGGAGAACGAGCAACUAUGCCCGUAAUUUCGCACUCUAUGGUUGAAAAAUCCGACGCAGUAUUGAAACCAGAUCAUGUAGGAUUACAUUUCACAAACAGGAUGGAAAAAUCAUUAUGGUUAUUUUUAUUGUGUGACAUUGUCCCGAAUUAUGGCGACAUCACUGCUGUUGUAAAAAAACAACCAGAGUCGGAGAGUUACUGUUAAUAUGGUUGGGCAUUCCUACCUACUGGAGACCACUUCCUGAAAUAUCUGCAGAGACAGGAGUUAGAGACAAAACUAGGAAUGACUUGAUGUAGUGAUCUAAAUAUAAAAAAUGUCUCAUCUUACCCCACUCUCCCCUACUUUUUAUUGUCCUGCCGUAUUGAAGAAGUUUAAAUUUCCAGUUAGGCUCUUAGUUUACAUUUCUGCAUCGUUGGGGCCUGUUUUACAUGAUUUCCACAGCAGCUUUAGUCAGCGUAAAAGUUUUUGAAUUCUUUAAACGACGUCUGACUGAGAUCUCUCCUGACUGACCGUCCUGUGAGAUAAAAUAAAACACAGGAACAUCAUCUCAGACCUGCUGUGUUAUUAUUAUUCACAGCUUUGCUCUUAUCGUUCAUGCAGAGUCUGGAUCCUCUCCCGAUGCAUGGCCGGGACUUGGGGGUGAACCCUGAUGACUUGGUGGAGACUCCGGAGAUGGAGCAGGAGGGCAAGCAGGAGGUCCUGGAGAACAAAGAUGUGAGUGCUGUAAAAAAAAAAACAGUUUGUAGGUUUGAAUUGAUUUAAUUGAAGGUUGGUUUGGAUGUAAACUGUCAAAUGUCUUCACUCUCAGGUGGUGGUCCAACACGUCAACAUUCAGGGUCUGGGGAGGACUAAAGAGGACCUCCUCGGCUACGAGAUCUCUGACGUGUUCAACGCCAAAAACCUGAUCGACGUACGUAUUCAGGAUUUUCUGCACUUUACGGCGUCACAGGUUCAUACCAGGGUACCUGAGCGCUGAGGUGUGUUUCUGUCGUGGUUACAGGUGAUGAAGAAAGCUCACGUGGCCAGACAGAGGCUGCUCCGCCUCGGGAUCUUCAAGGAGGUGGAGGUUCUUAUCGAUACAUCUGAAGGUAAAACAGUCCCAACAGGAUCACAUCGCUCUCUCUUUUUACCUGAACUGUUGUGAUCGUGUGGAUGGACCUUUAUGUGUCUCUCCUCCUCCUCCUCUUUAGGUAAAGACGCUCUGCCAAACGGUCUGGACGUGACCUUUGAGGUGAUAGAGGUCAAGAGGCUGACAGGAAGCUACAACACUAUGGUCGGCAACAAUGAAGGAAGCAUGGUGAGAGAGCCGCACAUUUAUUAUUCAUGACAGUCACAUUUCCAGCUCAGGAUAGAGCGGAGUGCAGAGGAGAGGGAGCGCCAUCUCUGAGAUCCCUCAAGCUUUGGUGUUAGUUCAGACGAGCUGAUUGAAACUGCUCCAGUCUCCGUGCUCUUCCUUCUCCUUCUGUGUCUGGUUUGUUCCUCUUUCUUUGCUGAUGCUCUCCCCGCCUUGGCUUUUCAUGCACAUGGAGCCGUCAGACUGCAGAAUACGACUAACUGCAUGAGAACAGAUGAUCCUCUUUGACUAAAGUGGUCCAGACUGAACAGGAGCAGAUCUGAAACUUUUCCCACCUUUAGGACUUUUAGAUCCAAACUUCUCACCGUCGUAAUCACAGAGCUGUGUCUACAUCACUCUCCCUGCAGAAACCCUCAUCCACACAUUCAUCACUUCAAGACUGGACUACUGUAACAGCAUCCUUUACGGCUCAUCUUACAAACUUAUCAAAAAACUCCAGACCAGGGGUCACCAACCUUUUUGAAACGAAGAGCUACUUCAUGGGUGCUGAGUCACACGAAGGGCUACCAGUUUGAUACACUCUUCUGAAAUAAUACAUUUCCUCAAUAUGCUUUUAGUUAUACUUAAUUAAUAAUCAUUAAUGGUACUUAUCUAUGUGAAGACACUGAUCAGGUUAAUAAAUUUUAGCACAACAAUGACAGCAAAAUGGGAAACAUAUCAAUAUCCACCACUUUAAACCUUAUUUAUCUCAGCAACUGUUCAAUUUUCAGAUGAUCACUUAAAGUACAUCACUGCAUUUACAUAGGAAUUUUCACUUUCACUGCCGCUUUGCCGUCGCCACAGUUGCCCCGCAAAUCAGACACACACAGGUUUCUUUUACAGUCGUAAAAAAUAAUUCCUCCUCCCAUUCGCUGUGAAAGUGAUACGUUUUCUUUCUUUUUUCUGCCAUGUUUCGGGGUAAGAAACUGCAUUCUGCGCCGAUCUCUAAGCUUACUCUCCACGGACACCGGGUUUGUUUUGUCACGUGCACAGUACUGAACUUUGAACUAUAGAAGGUCAGAGUUCACCUAAUCCUCUGUAAACUUAAUAUAUAAUGAACUUAUUUUUAAGAUAUUGUCAUUUUAAAUCAAAUCUAUAUGAAUGCAAGUGUGAUUAAAAAAGAAUAGCAACAGAAUAAAAUUUAAUUUUAGACGCAGCUCACAAUUGAGUUGUGCUAUUUUUAGAAUAGGCCUGCGGGCGACCUGGUGCCCGCGGGCACCGUGUUGGUGACCCCUGCUCUAGACCAUCCAAAACUCUGCCGCCCGCCCGCUCACCCACACCCACUCCAGAGACCACAUCACCCCUGUCCUCCAGAAUCUCCACUGGCUUCCUGUUAAACACCGUAUCACCUUCAAAAUCCUUCUCCUCACUCAACUCAACUCAACUCAACUUUAUUUGUUAAGCACUUUAAAACAACCACAGCUGUACAAAGUGCUGUACAUAACUAGACAAAACAACAAGAUAAAAAACAAUCAAAAAAACAAUUAAAAUAAUGGAUAAAAUAAAAGCAGAAUUAAAAGUAUAGUUUCAAUGUUUUUAAAAACUAAUUUAAAAACAUAGAAACAAAUAACUAAAAACAAACCAUAAAACACUAAAACAGGAGCCGAGUCUCAUGCAGGGUUAAAAGCCAAUGAAUAAAAAUGGGUUUUAAGACGACUUUUAAAAAUGGACAGUGUGUCACCCAUAAAGCUCCUCACAAUCAGGCCCCCUCCUACAUCAGCACCCUGACUCAUCGAACCUGGGGGGACAGGGUCUUCUCCAUUGCCGCACCCUCCCUCUGGAACUCUCUGCACUGAGUGUCCCUCCUUCAAAUCCCUUCUGAAAACCCACCUUUUUAAAACUGCUUUUAACGUGUGACUAUUUUACCUAUUUAUAUUUAUUCUUAUUGCUAUAUUCUAAUGUGUGCUUUAUGUAAAGUGUCUUUGAGUAUCAUGAAAAGCGUUAUAUAAAUAAAAUGAAUUGUCAUUAUUAUUAUUAUGUCGUCCGACAGGUACUCGGUGUGAAGUUGCCCAACAUGCUGGGUCGAGCUGAGAAGCUCACCUUCCAGUUCUCCUACGGGACGAAGGAGACGUCAUACGGUCUGUCCUUCUUCAAACCUCAGCCGGGACACUUUGAGCGCAAGUAAGUGAGACGCACGACCCCUGACCUCCUCGAACCCUCGACUCCCACCGUCUGUGUCUGAGUAGAGUGAAAUAAAUCCAUAAAAGAAGAGCAGAGGUGAAACCUGCAGCUCUGAGGUCGUGUUUUUGUCUAGUUAGUAAAAAUAAAAACGGUCCAAAUACGCGGAUGUUUCUCCUUUAAUGCUGCUCUGUCUGUUCCCUCAUUUUCAGCCUCACUCUCAACCUCUACAAGGUCACCGGUCAGUUCCCAUGGAGCUCCUUAAAAGAGACCGACAGGGGCAUGUCUGCAGAACUCAACGUAAGAGGCUGAGUGUGUGUUCAGAGAGAGUGAGGGUGAAGUUACAGACGAAACGUUUCUGACUCUUCCUGUCCCGCUGCAGUUUCCUCUGGGGGUGACUAACCACACGUUGAAGUGGGAGGGCGUUUGGAGGGAGCUCGGCUGCCUCGCUCGCAGCGCCUCCUUCGCCGUGCGAGAGGAGAGCGGACACUCGCUGAAAUCCGCCCUCUCGGUAAAAACCAGAUCUAGAUCCCCCCGCUCUGAUUCGUCUAAUCUGUUUCCUGUUACGGUAUCAUGAGCUCCUGUCGUGUUUGUUUGCAGCACACCAUGUCGAUCGAUUCGAGAAACUCGGCCAUCUUCCCCAGCAGAGGUGCCUUACUGCGGAUCAACCAGGUGAGUGUGUGUGGGCGUGUACAAAUCCUGUCAUCCUUUCUCUGGUUCCUCGUUUUUCGCAGCAGCUCAAAGAUUUCACUGACGAGUUUGUUUGUUUGUUUGUCCGUGCAGGAGCUGGCCGGGUACACAGGAGGAGACGCCAGCUUUUUGAAGGAAGACUUCGAGCUGCAGCUGAACAGACGACUCUUCUGGGACUCAGUAAGACAGAAAAAAACUCGCCGAAGUCCGUGUUUAACCGAAGUCUGUCUGAAAACUGUGAAUCAGCUGAGCUUUAGUGGUUGUUUUUGUUCUUAAACUUCCUGUCAACCCCCUCAGGGCGACUCGAGUACAACUUCAUCUUUGCAAACUGAAUCUAUUUGUAGUUUUUAGAGUCGCAUUAAAGUUUCAUUUGCAUCAAGAAACCAGCAGGGGGCGACAGAGCAGCACAGGAUGAGUUUGUCCGCUCACUCUCUGUCUCCUCAGGUCUUGUCUGCGUCUCUGUGGGGCGGGGCGCUUUAUCCAAUGGGAGGACAGCCGUCCUGCAUCGCCGACAGGUACGCCUUCAUGAUGUUUUAACGUCAUCUGAAAAUUUAGUUAAAUUCUGAUUCUGCAGAAACUCGGAGCGAACGUUUAAUCCAAGUUUGUUUUCUUAGGUUUUACCUCGGCGGUCCCACCAGCGUUCGAGGGUUUGGGAUGUACAGCAUCGGGCCACAGAGCGAAGGUGAGAAAAAACAUGAAAAUACAGUUUCAGCUGCAGGUUUAAUGAAAGUUUCCUGCAGGUCUGGACUCUCAUAUCGGAGUUUUUUAAACUUCUCAUCAUGAAGCUAAAAAACAGAAAAAGAUUUUGUUUGUUUUCGUUCUCGUUUCAAAAUAAAACUCUGAUUUUUUUGUCGUUUUUAAACCCAAAUAUAAAUACUGCAGCUUCACUGUCUGCAUCAAACUUUCCAUUUAAGUUGAUUUGCAUGAAUUUCACUCAUUCAUCCUGCUGCACCCCAAACCUGGAUCUCAAACCGACCCAACGUAGGAGGUGGGUGACACGACGAGGAAGUGUGUUGGUCCCUCCCUGUAGGUGUAAAUGAAACAGCACUGACCUGAAAACAACCUAAACACGGGUGUCAUGGCGGCGUGAUUAAGACAGGAAACACAGAAAUGCAACGUUCCCCAAUGGAUCCCAGCAGGAGAUCCUCGCUGCAUGUCUCCUGAUGUUUCCUGUCUUCAUCCACAAACUCAGAGCCAUGAAAGAACUCAAACUCAAACUUUAGUCUCACUGUGAGUUUUAAAAAAUAAAAGUAGGCGCUGCGAUUGACUCCUAAAGGUCUGAUAGUCUCUUGGUUUAACCCUUCAUGUGCGUUUCAGGGGAUUAUCUGGGCGGAGAGGCGUACUGGGCGGGUGGUCUGCACCUCUACACCCCGCUCCCCUUCAGACCAGGAAAAGGGGGCUUCGGAGACCUUUUCAGGACGCACUUCUUCCUCAACGCAGGAAACCUCUGCAACCUCAACUACGGUGGGUCAGCUGAGCGCGACACAGACUGAGUAUAAACGCCAAACAAACAAAGAGGCGUCUCUGCUUCACAGGAACUCUUUCUGUUUCUCAGGCGAGGGUCCGCGCGCUCACCUUCAGAAGCUGGCGGAGUGUAUCCGCUGGUCGUACGGAGCCGGUAUCGUGCUGCGACUGGGGAACAUCGCCAGGCUGGAGCUGAACUACUGCGUGCCCAUGGGAGUGCAGAGCGGAGACAGGUGCGCCGAUCUGUACCUCACAGAUAAACGUUAAAGCGCUCAGACACCUCUUUGAUUUUAGGCCCUGUGGUUGUGCGACACACAUCCUAGUCGUUCAGGAGUAGGGUUGGGUAUCGUUUGAUUUUGAACGAUUCCGAUUCCGAUUUCGAUUCCUCAUUUCGAUUCCGAUUCUUAUCGAUUCUCUAAUUCGAUUCUUUUAAAAGGCAGGAUAUCAAAAAGAAAAAAGAAAAAAGAAAAAAGAAAAUCAUGGUUUGAAUGAGGGUGCUAACCGGAGCUCUUCUUUUUGGAUGAAAUUUCUGAACUUCUCCAUGAAUUUUUAAAUCCUAUUAACUUUUUAAGAACUUUACUAUGAAUUUCUCACAGGGCUAUUUUCAACCAGUAUAUAAAUAUCAUUUUUUGUUUUCAGGUCGUUUGUCUAUGAAAAAGUACAAGGGCUAACGUUAGGUGGAUAUUUAAGUUUACUCACCGUACACAGUUCAAUUUCUUUACCGUUUCAAAGUUAGCAGAGGACAGAAGUCAUUUAUUGUUUCACUUGUCUGAUCCUGACUGGUUAGCGGAAGACAGGUGUUGUGCUGUAGAAUGCACCCCUGCCGUAGAAUGCCUCCCCUCCACUGAUUAGCUUCUUAGUGGAAGAAAUAUGAUCUCAUAUUUAAAAAAACACGAGUAUUAGAUCAUGACAACAUGUCAAAUGGAGCAGUAAACUUUCGUUUUGUUUGUAUGUGUCUCAAAAAUGCACACAUAAAGGUGUUCUUGGGUAUAUAAACUGUACAGUAAGCUGUUAAUGUAGAGAACAUAAUAUUCUCAGGACAGUAAAUAUUCCGAAUCAGAGGGCUGUUGUUUUCGGCAUAUCUGAAUAGCCUGAAUGAAAUCAUUAAAGGCACACGCUUUAGGUUCCGUUCAACGGUAAGAAAAACUUGGAUUGUUUCGCCUUGUUGUGUACUUUCAACCGCGCUCCCGUCAGGGGUGCAUUCUACGACACAACACCGGCGAAGCGCGUCAAAGACGAGCACUCGGGUAUUUCUCCUCCAUGAAUCCUGAGGUGUUUAAUCAUGUUGGUCGUUUACCCUCCUUUGCAUGAUAUAACUGUAUUGCUAAUGUUGCAUUGAGAUAAGAGCUCAUUCUUCCUGCUAAAGUUAGCCAAACUUUUGACCAACGAAGAAGAAGCUGCCGAACACCAAUGAGGACGGAGCGUAUGAGACGAAGCCACACAGAGAGAGGAGAGAGACAGAGAGAGAUUGUAACCCACAGCGGCUGCAUUGCUGUGGGUUGCAACGUACUUUCUCUCUCUGUGUGGCUUCGUCUCAUACGCUCCGUCCUCGUUGGUGUUAAGCGGCUUCUUCUUCGUUGAUUUUCGGCGGCUAUUUCUUCCGGUCGGCGGACUCUGGCAUCGAAACUUGUAAUCGAAAUUUUAAUAUUUGAACGAUACCAGAAGAAUCGAAGUUUUAGUCCCGAUUCCCAUCGAUUCUCGAUUCUCGAUUCCCAACCCUACUCAGGAGUUCAGCUGAAAUCAAAUCUUUCGAAGUAUUCAAGGUUAUCAACUCAAAUUUUAUCCACCUUAGCCAAAAGUCUGAAAUGAAGACAAAAAAAUCUGAUUUGUGCAUCAUAACCUGCGGCGUGAACUUAGCCAUAAACUCUUCCUCUCUUUCUCUUCCUGCAGGAUAUGCGACGGCGUCCAGUUCGGAGCAGGAAUCCGCUUCCUGUGACCUCCUCGCUCCAGCAGGGACCGUGGUGUGAAAAGGGAGAACCGUUUUGUUGCUUGUCACCUGUAAUUGUUGUAGAGUGUGUCGCACUAGCAUGGGUCCUACAGUACGUCCUGGUAAAAGGUGCCUGACCGCCCCCCCACCCCCAACCCCGAAACCCUCGCCUCCUUCGAUAAGCACCGCAUUAGGCUUUUGAACAACAACAACAACGGCGUGCCAGUGCUGCUUCGUAAAACUAGUGAAACUUUUUCCACUACAGACUCGACGGCCUUUCACUGAUCGGAGAGUAAAGCAGGUAGAAGAUUUCUUUAGCAGUAAACUCGAGUUAAAACGAUCACGGCGGGUCUUUUUACGGCGUAUCGGAGCGUCUUCUCGGGGACAAACUUCAGAGUCGUGUUUCUUUCUUUAGUUUGAGUCUUUUUCUUCAUCUCCAGCACCGGCACGUUAUCCUGGGAAAAGUCAUCUACGAGUGACUUUUCUCUGUAGUUUAUUAUUUGUCAGAGAUUUUGGGAAAUGUCUCCAGUUUGCCUUUUUAGGGCUGCCUCUCACCCAGGAGCGCCACCGUCUGUUUUUUUGUUGUUUCUGACAGUAAACUGCUCACACGCUCUUCUCCUGACCUGCUGUUGUGCUGUGUGAUUGAAGAAUUACAGCAGCCGGGGAAUAAAACCAGACAAACCAGCACUUUAUCAGUCCAAAUCGCGCUUUUGAGAGGAGGUCAGACCCGCAUUUGAGGCAGAUUGUUCUAAAAAUUUGGAUCUGAUGUGAAAAAAGAAACAGCAGGUUGAUCUCUCAGGCAGACAGCAGUUUGAGGUGGGGAGCUCGUACCACGCCCGCCCGCCCGCCCCGGAGCGACAUCCACCACCACCACCAGUGCUCUUACUGUUCGUUUUCUUUUUGAUGUUGUUGAAACAGAUUCACCAAUAAAUCACAGCUGCUCCCCUGGCUUCUCUCUGGAUCCUUUGUGGCGUCUCGACGAUCGAAA